UUGAGAUACUUGUGGCCACCAUGGACAUCAGGAGCAUCUCCUCCUGGGAGUCUCUGUGUUCAGUGGAGAGCACCGCCAGCGAGGAGGACGAGGAAGAGCAGCUGCCACAUCCACCGCCAAACAAGAACUUCAGAGUCUUCCUCCUCGAUGAUGGGGGCCAUGUGGGGAAGGGGGUGAGGCUGCCGAGGCACCGCUGCCUGAAUGGCCCAGGAUUCCUCCUCUGGCCGGGUUCGCACGGCAAGGCCCGCAAGCGCUGGGUGAGGAAGCCCCUCAGCCCGCUAACCUCAGCCAGGCUGCGACCUCCUGGCCCUGGUUGCCGCUGCUCCCCAGAGGUUCCUGGGGAGGCAUUCUGUAGCUGCCCAGCCAGCCCAAAUGGAAGCCUGCCUGGGCAGAGGGUGAGCCAAAAGAGGGCCGGGGGCAGUGGUGGCUGCAAGUGCCAGAGCCUUCCGUAUCCCGUGACGCUGUCGCCACGUGGGGCAAAGAGGCAGCGGAAGAGGGAAAGAGCAGCUGAGGAGACGUCACACGCUCCCUGUUGGACGGAAGGGGACCGAGUCUUCGCACAAAAGUGCUGGGAACUCCAAGGCUUUGUCCGCCCCCUGUCGGAGCUUCUGGAGCGCCUGAAAAUGGGCCGCUUUGACCGAGGCCUAAGCAGUUUCCAGCAGAGUGUGGCUAUGGAUCGGAUCCAGCGGAUCAUUGGUGUCCUUCAGAAGCCACAGAUGGGGGAGCGAUACUUGGCCACCCUGUUGCAGGUAGAAAAGAUGCUCAAAAUCUGGUUUCCUCACAUCCCCUUGAACGACUCGCAGGCCAGCUGCAGUGUGUCAGCCAGGAAGGCAUGUGAGGCAGCAGAGUCCUGUUAUAUAGAAGGCGAUGCCAGGGGAAGGAGGAGGAUGUCCAUCCGAGAUGCUGCGCUGAGCCCUUUCUUGGACCUCUCUUCCUUACAUGACCACAAAGCUGGCACCCAGCCAGGAGAGCUAGUGCCCGUGGCUAACGGACCUGCUACGAACGUGACCUGGAUUCACAUGUCUCCCAUUCUGAACCCUCUCUCGGGACAGGAGGGCUUCAGCCUGAUGAACUUUGUGCCUGGGCAGAUCUUGCUGGGGCCACACAUGAACCAUUAUGGAGCGGUUUUCCUCCUCCAGAACGUCACGGCUGCACAGGCUGCUUCCGAGGUUUGGGCACACAGCAGCUCUCCUCUUGGCGUGCCGUUUUCUGGCUCUGGGGAGCCUCCUCGCUGCCACAGCUUGCCAAGUGCCCUGUCAGCAGGCAUCUCUGCCCCCAGAGGAACUCUUGGUGGCCUUUCCUGGUCUCUGCCCCACUUGCCGAUGUCUGGGGAGGAGCUGGAAGGGAGUGAGAUGUCUGCAGGAAAGCCCAUGAAAUGCUGCAGCUCCUGAUGUCCCAUGAGGUCUCCCUGGACUUGUGGACCUUCUUUCCACUUCUUUACAAACUUUUUUUUUAACUU